AUGGAAACAUCCGUAUCAAGCCCACUUGUUCAGAAAAAUUUUGAAGGCGCAGCCCAAAUUGGAUUUUGUGCGGAUUCUAAAGACGGCGCUACCACCAUUAACAUCCCGGUGGACACCUUGUUUCGCCCCGUCAAAGUUGACAAUCACACAAUAGCAGCUAUCUACUUGGGCAACAAUAAUUUCUGCAAGAGCCUCAGAACGGAGGGAAAGACAAAUUGUCUUAAUGCAGCCAUCCGCUCUGUUACCAGAGAUGCCCAACUAACAGUGGAAGAGCCUGUCAUGACAAGACAAAUUCAUAAUGUCAAAUAUAAACUUGAUUAUUCCAGGGUCUAUGAUGAAAGAACUAUUGUUGCAGCUAAAAAUAGUGCCAGUAACUAUAGCCAGCAAUCCUCCACCUUAGACGGGAAGAUUGAAUUAUCCGGUGAAGUUCAGUCAGGAAUUGAGUGGGGAGAGACCAAAACAAUUACAACUGUAGUGGAGGUUGUACACAAAGUUGUUGUGCCUCUGAUGACUAAGGUGACGGUGGAUCUGAUUGCAACAAAUGGUAAGUGUGACGUUCCCUUCUCAUUCACUCAAAGGGACACUCUUUAUAAUGGGACCACUGUCACAACUCAAGUGCAAGGUGGCACUUACACUGGCUCUAAUUACUACAGCAUCAUCUUUAAAACCAAAGAAGAGAAGUUGAAGUGA